GUUGCUUGAUACUACAGCUGCGCUUGGAGAACUAGGAUGGAAAACAUUUCCUUUAAAUGGGUGGGAUGCCAUAACUGAAAUGGAUGAACACAAUCGUCCCAUUCAUACUUACCAGGUAUGUAACGUGAUGGAACCAAACCAAAACAACUGGCUUCGAACAAACUGGAUCUCCCGUGAUGCUGCGCAGAAAAUUUAUGUGGAAAUGAAGUUUACUCUGAGGGACUGCAACAGUAUUCCGUGGGUACUGGGAACUUGCAAGGAAACUUUUAACCUCUACUACAUGGAGUCAGAUGAGUCGCAUGGAGUAAAAUUCAAGCCAAACCAGUAUACCAAAAUUGAUACUAUUGCAGCUGAUGAGAGCUUUACCCAGAUGGACUUGGGUGACCGUAUUCUUAAACUCAACACAGAAGUUCGUGAGGUUGGGCCAAUAAACAAGAAAGGAUUUUAUCUUGCUUUUCAGGACAUUGGAGCGUGCAUUGCUUUGGUCUCAGUCCGUGUUUAUUACAAAAAGUGCCCUUUCACAGUCCGUAACUUGGCUAUGUUUCCUGAUACUAUUCCAAGGGUUGAUUCUUCCUCGUUGGUGGAAGUACGGGGCUCCUGUGUGAAGAGCGCUGAGGAACGCGAUACUCCCAAAUUGUACUGUGGAGCAGAUGGGGAUUGGCUUGUGCCUCUUGGACGAUGCAUCUGCAGUGUAGGAUAUGAAGAAGUGGAUGGUUCCUGCCAUGCUUGCAGGCCUGGAUUUUAUAAGGCAUUUGCAGGGAAUGUGAAGUGUUCGAAGUGCCCUCCCCACAGCCUGACCCACGUAGAAGCAACGUCUGUCUGCCAGUGUGAGAAAGGGUACUUCCGAGCCGAGAAAGACCCACCAACUAUGGCAUGUACCCGGCCACCUUCUGCUCCGAGGAAUGUAAUUUUUAAUAUUAAUGAAACAGCUCUCAUGUUGGAAUGGAGCCCACCUAGUGAUACUGGGGGAAGGAAAGAUCUCACAUACAGUGUAAUCUGUAAGAAAUGUGGGUCAGACACCAGCCAGUGCGAGAUAUGUGGUGGAGGUAUCCGUUUCAUCCCCCGGCACACAGGUCUGAUCAACUCCUCUGUGACUGUGCUCGACUUUGUGUCACACGUGAACUACACCUUCGAAAUAGAAGCCAUGAAUGGCGUCUCUGAGUUGAGUUUCUCGCCAAAGCAGUUCACAGCUAUCACAGUUACCACCGACCAAGAUGCACCCUCCUUGAUAGGUAUGGUAAGGAAGGACUGGGCUUCCCAAAACAGCAUUGCCCUCUCCUGGCAAGAGCCGGACUUUCCCCAUGGAGCCAUUCUGGACUACGAGAUCAAGUACUAUGAGAAAGUCUACCCACGGAUAGCGCCGGCAUUUUGGCACUACCUGCGGGUAGAAGAGCAUGAGCAGCUCAGCUAUUCCUCCACAAGGUCCAAGGCUCCAAGUGUUAUCAUCACAGGUCUCAAGCCAGCCACCAAGUAUAUAUUUCAUAUCAGAGUAAGGACGGCAGCAGGAUACAGCGGCUAUAGCCAGAAGUUUGAAUUUGAAACUGGAGAUGAAACUUCCGAUAUGGCUGCGGAACAGGGACAGAUUCUUGUAAUUGCCACUGCUGCUGUCGGUGGAUUCACUCUCCUGGUCAUCCUGACUUUGUUCUUCCUAAUCACCGGGAGAUGCCAGUGGUACAUAAAGGCCAAAAUGAAGUCUGAAGAAAAAAGAAGGGCUCAUCUGCAAAAUGGACACUUACGUUUCCCAGGAAUCAAAACAUAUAUUGAUCCAGACACGUAUGAAGACCCAUCUCUUGCUGUCCAUGAAUUUGCAAAGGAGAUAGAUCCUUCAAGAAUUCGUAUUGAGAGAGUUAUUGGGGCAGGUGAAUUUGGAGAAGUAUGCAGUGGACGUCUGAAGACACCAGGAAAGAGAGAGAUACCUGUUGCAAUUAAAACUCUAAAAGGUGGCUACGUGGACAGGCAGAGAAGAGAUUUCCUGAGAGAGGCUAGUAUCAUGGGACAAUUCGAUCACCCAAAUAUAAUCCGCCUUGAAGGAGUGGUUACAAAAAGAUCCUUUCCGACCAUUGGGGUGAAGUCUCUUUCGAGAUUCCUGAGGGCAGGAUUUUUAAAUAGCAUCCUGGCCCCACAUCCAGUGUCAGGGGGUGGAUCUUUACCCCCCAGCAUUUCUUCUGGCAGACCAGUAAUGAUUGUAGUUGAAUACAUGGAGAAUGGAUCCCUUGACUCCUUUCUGCGGAAGCAUGAUGGCCACUUCACAGUGAUCCAGCUGGUUGGCAUGCUGCGUGGAAUUGCAUCGGGCAUGAAGUACCUCUCUGACAUGGGAUAUGUACACCGUGAUCUGGCAGCCCGUAAUAUUUUGGUCAACAGUAACCUCAUGUGUAAGGUCUCUGAUUUUGGUUUGUCACGAGUGUUGGAGGACGACCCUGAAGCUGCUUACACAACAAGCGUAGUGUUAUCUCGUGAUCAUGACUAUUGACUGACUUCUGUGUGAGACGCAACACUUACUGGCAUUGAACUCUCACAAAUAG